CGCGGCUUCGGCCGCCAGCCAACAACAACCGCCUCACCCUGAUUUUUUUCUUGAACUUUUUCCUGUCUCCUUUGCAACCAGUCUUCCUCAAGAUACCCACUAUCCUUGCAACGUCUACGUUUUCCUCCAAGUUCUAUCUUCUAAUACACAACCUUCAAAAUGGGCUUCUCUGCUGGUGACGCCAAGAAGGGUGCCAACCUCUUCAAGACGCGCUGCGCGCAGUGCCACACCCUCGAGGCGGGCGGCGGCAACAAGAUCGGCCCCGCGCUGCACGGCCUGUUCGGCCGCAAGACGGGCUCCGUCGAGGGCUACGCCUACACCGACGCCAACAAGCAGAAGGGCAUCACCUGGGACGAGAACACUCUGUUCGAAUACCUCGAGAACCCCAAGAAGUACAUUCCCGGCACCAAGAUGGCCUUCGGCGGUCUGAAGAAGGACAAGGACAGGAACGACCUGAUCACCUACCUCAAGGAGGCCACCGCAUAAAUUCCAGCGGAACCCCGGGGUAUGGCGACGUCGUUGUAUUAUUAAACCCGGUCCCGUCACCUUAAUCAUGGUAGAGAGGCGGGGUUCGGGUCGUGGUUGAGGUCGGGGGACGAGAAGGGGAGUUGUCAGCUCUUGCUACUUCCUUUCUGCAUUAGACGGGGCGGCUCUUGUAAAGCACAACUACUGUAACAUAGACGGACGGCUACUAGACCAUGUGCUUGGCGGCGCUCGUGGUGAUGGAAAAUGAUAAUUCUGCUCUUGCCAAGAAAGGAUUCUUUG